UAUUAAAAGAAAACAUUGUGAUGUCGUACUUUGUUAUAAAAGUUGUAUUUUUUUUUAUAAAUAUUCUCCAUUCAAUGGAAAUAAUGGUGGAGAUUUUUGAUUUUGAGCGCCUAGCAAUGAGACGUUUGCUGCUGGCCCAUACAAUGCUCAAAAUAGCUAGUCAAUAUGGAGCAAAUUCAACAAGGUCUAUUUGGAUGAAGGCUCGUAGGCAAAUGUUUUGGGAAGUCGAUUGCCAGGUGAAUUCAGACGAGUUUUUUAAAAGCAACUUCCGAAUGAAGCGCCAAUCAUUCAAUAAAUUGUGUAUUAUGUUGAAAGGCUUAGAGAGGAAAAACACUAACUACCGAAAGUCCAUUCAAUUAGAAAAACGUAUUGCAAUUGCUGUAUAUGCUUUAGGGUCUUCUGCCGAUUACCGUACAAUUGGAAAUAUGUUUGGAAUUGGGAAAAGCUCUGUUUGCACAAUUCUAAUUGAGUUCUGUCGUGAAGUCUGGCGAUGUUUGUGGCCUUUAUAUUUGAAUAAAUUCCCAAUGAACGAAAUUCAAUUGCGGGAGUAUUUAAAUGGUUUUGAGUCAUUGGGUUUUCCUCAAGUGUUAGGAGCUAUCGAUGGAUGUCACAUAGAAGUUCAUCCAACAGCAGAAGAUGCUAUGGAUUACUAUAAUGAUAAGGGCUGGUAUUCCACAGUUCUUCUGGCUUUAGUUGAUGCAAGGUAAGUUUGUUCAUGAAGCUCGUUCGAACUCCUGGCGUAUUUCUUUAAUAUUAUAGAUGUCGCUUUAUAUACAUUAACGUCGGUAGUCCAGGCAGUUGUAAUGACUCUUCAAUAUUUGAGAGUUCAUCUUUAAAAUGCCAGUUAGUACAAUCUAGCUUAUUUAAUGACAUGAGUAGGCAAAUAUCGUCGGUUAAUGUUCCAGUCGUUCUGUUGGGUGACUCUGCGUUCAAACUUGAUGAACAUUUGCUGAAGCCAUAUCCAUUUCGCAAAAACCAACCUUUGAAUGAGAAAAAAUAUAACAAUGCACUCUCGAAAUGCCAUAGAGUCGUCGAGACAGCUUUCGAUCAUUUAAAGGCAAGGUUUAGGCGAGUUGGCAAAGGCUUUGAAAACCACAUGGCCAACACAAAAGCUGUCAUUAAAGCGUGCUGUGUAUUGCACAACUUUUUGAAUGAAGAGAAAGAUGAAAUUACUGAAAGGUGGAUUGCAACACAACAAAUCGAAAACC